CUGCUCGACGUCGUUUCGAAAACCCGACCAAAACAAAUCGAUGGAAUUUUCUCUUUUGCCGAAUUUUCGCCUCAAAAAACGCGAUUAAGAGACAGAAACAUGUCUCUUUCGAUGCAGGGGAAGUUUGACGAGUUGUCGAAGGAACUGAUCACUCAUGUCUUAGGGUUUGAGGAAGGUGAAGAGAACUUUAUCCGAAGUGAACAGUAUGUACUGUCCAAUCUGCUGUACCACCACUGCCUGGCUGUGAACAGUCAUAAUGUGAGACGCUCAGUUGAUGGCCUUGUCCUCAAGUUCAGCAUCCAUGGGCAGCAUCACAGAGCUCAACAGCUACAAAAUCUUACGUCAAAGUUCCUGGCUUCUCCCUUCUUUAAAGAUCAUGAUGAGCUUGAUAUUGAGUGGUCUCUUCUGUCUCUCCUGCUGCACCUGAGUAACAGCCCCACACAGGUGCCUGUGAGUGAGGACGAAAUAAUUCUGACGCUGAAUAAGAGUUCGUCUCCUGUGAAGUCACUUCAUCUGGCAGAAGAGAACAUUGACUGGGUUGCUUACCUCAGACAAGGAGAGCCAGAAUAUGUUGUUGGGGUAGAGCAGCCUCUCUCUGAUUGGUCCAGUGAUGAGGAGAAAAAUGAAACUGAAGAUGAAGCCUUGUAUAAUCAGUACAGUCCCAUCAAGAGGAGUUCUGUGGGGGGUAAAGACUCAUGCAACCUUCCCCGUGCUCCCACAGCACAGGAGUUGCUGGAGCAAAGCCACCGAGCACAGUCCUGGCUGGCUGCGAACACUCACACACAGUAUUGGGGAUCCAAGAAAUAUCAACAGUGUGCACCACUGUCGUCACAUCCUGCUGCUAAUGUCGCAAAAUUGUGGGAAACUAAAUGUGGCAGCAGAGGGAGUCAGCAGCUGAGUGAAUGGGCAGUGAUGAGAGAGACUGUCUGGGUCCUGAUGUGUCCAAGCACAUCACACAUAUUCCAACACAAUGCUGAUCAGGGCUUUGUAGUCCAUCCUGAGAUUACUAUCCCUAGUUUAACACCUGGAGCUGCAAAAAGACUAUUAGAGGAACUUUGUUUGCCUCUGAAUCAGCUGCUUGAGAUAGAUGCAUUCCUGAAGAAGUGUGAAGUGCCCAGCGUGGACCCUCCCUUCCCAGUCACACUUCAGGCGUAUGCCACUGGGAUCCGACUCUGGAGGCAUCAGUUUCAGUCUCACUUAGCCACCAUUGAAGAUCAGAUUAAGAAACAGGAAUCCACGUGUACACUCUCUUGGCUUGAGGCAGAACUGUACACAUGGCUACGCACCUUGUCAGCAAUAGCUACGGUUCACUCCAUGGCAGCGAUGAAACCAGAAAUCAGCCCGAGGGAAGCUGCUGUGAGACUGAUCAAUGGCCUCUGUGAUGGGGUAGAAAGUGCAGGAGAGCCUGGUGUGCGGUGUGUGCUCCUGAGACUCCUACUGCACACAUUACGUCAUUACCUGAGUAUAAUAAACAACUGGCUUCUCCAUGGAUCCUUGGUAGACCAUGUCCAGGAAUUCAUCAUCCAAAGAAAUGAGUCUGUGAAAGUGACUGAUGAGACAUUUUGGCAUAAUGCCUUCAUCUUGAAUCCCCACCAUCAGUCCGAAGUCAAACAGUCAAGAAGAAGCAGUCUGAAGUUUCUGUCCCCUCUGGUUGGAGCGCUGACGACGGUGGGGAAAUCUCGUGAGCUGCUUGCUGUCUUGGAUGUUGAACCAUUACCUAGGUCUUCAGCAAUUCUCUACCUGCAUCAGAAAUCCAAGAUGGAUCCUGAAAUGGUAUUAGAAGAGGUUAUUAUAAGACACAUACAAGAUGCCCUGUAUGGAUCCAAUGAAAAAGCAGAAGAGACUACUGGAGGCAGUGAAGGAGUGGCAGGUGAUUGCAGUACUUUGACAGAGGUGGACCAACACAUGGUAUCCCAUUAUCAGCAGGUAGAUCCCCUUCUCCUUGCUGCCUUUACAGGUGAUGGUGGGACACCCCCUAGCCCUACGAUGACUGCUCAGAAAGAUUCAGUGACAAGAAUGAUAGAAGAUAUGGCAGAGGUUCCGAGGGCAAUAUCUGUUGUGUCCCUCCUGUCGUCCGCAAUCAGCCCGCUUAUUAAAAAGAAGGAAGAGGAGCUCAGUGCACGUCUCACCCAAGUCCUGCUGGAAAAGUACCACAUGGACCGCCAUUGUCAGGCUGUGCGCUCCAUCUUGCUCAUGGAAGCUGGUGAUGUCAUGCAUGAAUUUUACUCACAGCUAUUUUCCAAGAUUGACAUUGGGGAGAGCAUUGAUGGAAUCAGCCUGACACUCCACCUCCAGGACUGUGUAACUCGCCUUGUCCCAGAUCUGGCACAACUCUUCUCCGUUUCUGUUAGUUCAGCUCCAGGUUUCUUGAACUCUGCAGAGGAGAACAAAACUGAUAAUCAAAGUGUGCCAGCAGACCGCAUGCUAAGCAAAGACUCUAAUGAAAUCAAAGAAGAGGAACAGGACAAAAAUAAGCUUGCAAGCGAUUCUACAACAAUGCCACUUUCGAAAGCUGGUUUGCCAGACAUAAGUAUUAAUUAUGAGGUACCAUAUCCAGUUAAUCUCUUGCUGAGUGAGAAGAUCCUCAGCCAGUACAAUAUCUUGUUCCGAUUCUGUCUCAGCAUCAAAAGGGCGACAAAUGGACUUGAAAGAUUAAAGUUCAAAGACCUGGCCAGUUGGAAUGCAGUUAUUGGUUCAGGCAGUAAUACUGAAGACUCUGCUGGUCCCUUACGCUCCAGACUCCAUCGACUCCAACUGUUGCGUCUGUGGUUGUUGUGUUUCACUAGGGAGCUACAUGAUCACUUUGCCAACACUGUUUUCUUGCCAUUCCACCAGACUGUGGAAAAAUUGUUUCUCUCAAGGCCUUCUCUGAAUGUGAUAAUUACAGAACAUGAGAAGCUGUUAAAUAGAUUGAUCACAAACUGUUUGAUGGGUAGUGGGAAGACAUCGUCUCCUCUGCAGAUAGUCCUCAAUAAGGUAUUUUGGUUGUCUCAACGUCUGGGACAGCUGUGGAUGAAAGACAUAGGACGUGUGACCUGCAAUGAAUUAUCGGCUAUAGAAACUCAGUAUGCCCAAGUACACAGGUACCUUGUCAACUUCCUGACACGGCUGACCACAACAAAUUACUUGCCACACCUGGAAGGUCUCACGAGAACCCUGGUAGACACUGUCCCCUUACUCACACAGCCCUGAAGCUGUAGGGAAUAAAAUUCCGGUCUUUACAGAGUCAGCAUUUAAUAUUCAUAUGUGAGAUAUUGUGAUAAUAUAGAACUUUAAUUAGAUCAUUGUGUAUAUAUAUUUUUUCUAUUAAAGAAAUCUUACAUGUUACAAAUAA